ACGCACCAAAGAAGAAGACGGAGCUCGACGAUGUUUUUGGGCCUUGUUUUUGUGGUAGCUAUUUAUUAGAUUUCAGACAGUUUUAACAUUUCGAAAGUUUUGCCAGUUUCGACUUAAGACAUUGUAGUAACCUCAGGGAUUUCUUGUUUGCUUUAUGAGAUUCGGCAGCAACGAGUCGUUCUGAAAACGUUUGUUGACAGCUCAAGUCGACACAGUGAGUCUGGGCUGAGAGUCAGAGUGUCCACCUUAAAGGAGGUUUGCUGAUUUAACAAAAAAAAAAAAAAGAAGAAGAAAAGCGAAUUAUCGGUAACGUAAUUUCGACAGUUUCGAAACUCAUCUGUAAUAGCAGGAGCAGAAAGAAGCGUCGUUAGCGUCGCAGGCAAACAGGUCCCAUCAUGGAGGGCAGCGCCAGCGUCAGGAGGGCGCUGUCCGGGACUCUGGUCCCUUCAGCGGUCACAGCAACAGUGGCUCUGCGACAAGAACCGGAGGAAGGACAGAAAGAGAAGCCGAAAAGAAAACUCCUGGAUGAGGAAGAGUAUGUUGAGAGCUUAGGAAAGAUCAUUCAGAGGGAUUUCUUCCCUGAUUUGACAAAAUUGCAAGCACAAAAGGACUAUCUGGAAGCAGAGGAAAGUGGUGACCUUCAGCGAAUGAGAGACAUAUCCAUACGCUAUGGAUCAGCUUUGACAAAAUCCACACCACAGUCUUCUGCCCCCUAUGUGACACCGGCAAGCUUUGAGACACCAGUGGGCCAGUCAGGGUCUCCCUCUGCCACUCCCAGAAAACAGAUCCCCAUUAUUAAAGGUAUCGAUGGUGAAAACAAGAAUGAUGAGAAGACUGAGAAACAGCUGCCUUCUCUGGACCAUUUUCUUGCUAAAAAUACCAGUGAGGAUAAUGCAUUAUUUGAGCAGAUAAUGGAUCUGGCAAAAGACAAGGAAAAGCUGAAGCAUGCCUGGUUAUAUGAAGCAGAAGAGGAAUUUAAACAGCGCCAUGAAGAGUGCCUGGCCUUGCCAUCAGCAGAGAAAGCAGUACUUGACUCUGUUAAAGCUGGACUGGAGACGUGGAAAUACCAGGCAAAGAAUGCCCUGAUGUAUUAUCCAGAGGGAGUCAAAGAUGAUGAUGCUGUGUUUAAGAAGCCAAGGGAGGUUGUCCAUAGGAACACCCGCGUUAAUCGAGACCCAUUCAGCAAAGCUCUUAACAGCCAGAUUCAGCAGGCUGCUGCCCUCAAUGCAAUGUUUAAACAGGGUAAAGUUGGUCCUGAUGGGAAAGAGCUUCAUCCCACAUGGAGCUCCAACAGUCAAUGGAUUGUUUUGAAAGGGACUCCUUCCCCCGCCCCUGGUGUGGCAGACUCUCCUCUAAUGACCUGGGGUGAGAUCGAGAGCACCCCGUUUCGUCUGGAUGGGUCAGACACCCCAUAUGUGGAGAGGAAUCACGGCCCAUCCUUUAAGAUUCCAGAACCAGGGAGACGGGAGCGACUGGGUUUGAAGAUGGACGAAGCUGCUGCCAAAAACCGUGCAAAACAAGAGGCACUUAGGAAAGUCACAGAGAACCUGGCGAGUCUUACAACCUAAGGUAUGAGUCCAGCUCUCACGCCUGCCCUGCAAAGACUUGUCAAUCGGACUUCCAGCAAAUACACAGACACACUAAGGGCAAGCUACACCCCGUCGCCCUCACACAGAGUAACGACCUGCAAGUCUCCCUUCGCUGGUCCGUCCACUCCAGCAGCAACUCUAAUGCCCAGAUAAGCAAAGACCACCAGUUCCUCAGGACCUACUUCAAUCACAGACAACCUAUUACAGCUUCCCAAGAAGCGGAAAGCAUCAGACUUUUUCUGAGACGAAACAUUGUUCUCAGAGAAAUUUUGAACACAAUAGACUUGUACGGGGCAAAAAUGUGACAAUCAUAUCUUAAAAUCCAGUUCUUUCUCCUCUUUUUGUGUGAAUGUCUGUACAGACAAUUGACAAUUGUAAAGCUGAAGACCUUUGUAAGAAUUUGUUUUUGCAGUAUAGGGUAAAGUAGAAUCCAAUGAAACUGUUGAAGUGCGACCUUUAUCUCUGUAUUAUGUCAUUUACACCUUUCAAAUUGUUGCCGUAAAUGCAUGGCAUGCAUGGUACUGUUGAGUGCAGGAGAUGCUGUGUACAUUCAAGGCCAAGCAAUGUUUGUAUUUUUGAAAAACAUGCAUACAAGUAUAUAAAAUGAGAUUCACUACGCUACAGAGUCAUAAUAGUUGCAAAGUAUUCUCUCUGCUUAACAUUCUCUUAACUGGUUUUCAACAAAUCAGCCCCUCAAAAGGCAGGGGUUAAAAAUAAUUUUAAAAAUUUCAAGUGAAAGCAGCAGCUCUGCAAAUUUCUUGUUAAAAAACUGCGUCUUUGACUAAAGUUUGGGCUUCUGGUUGAGAUGGGUGAGGACCAGUGAAGGUACUAGUUUGCGUUUCAUUUGUGGCAUCUUUCAACAUGUACAAUCAAGGAACAUGUUCACGUGUUUAAAGACAUGAGUGUAAUCUACACUACAGGUAGUUUGAGAUAUUUAUGUGUAAAAACUAUCUGAAGCAAUUUCCACUUGCUUCAUCAGCAUUCUUACUUCUGGUUUUAUGUCAGUAUCGGUUCAUCUUGCCAUUGAUUUAUAUCAAUAUUUAUACACAAAAAAAUACUGUGCUGAAUGUUUGUAAAAAAAAUAAAAAUGCAUUUUC